AUGAACAACCAAAGCCCUGCAGGCGGCCAUCGCGCCACGCAGUCGGUGUCUGUCGGGUCGCGCACUUCGCGGUCGAGCAUGGACCGGCUGCGGUCGCUCGGGCACAGACUCUCUUUCUCGAAGCACUCGCUGCCGAACCCUCCUCCGUACAGCAACCUGUCGACGUCGCUGAAAGUGCAGCAGACGGCGGAAGAGACGGUGGAGUACGACCCGGAGGACCUACUGGGGUCGUCGGAGUCGGACUACGAGGAGGAGAACCUGAAGAAGGAGGAGGACGAGAAGGACUACUGCGAGGGCGGAUACCAUCCGACGUACGUGGGCGAGCGGUACGGCACAGAGAAACAGUACCUGAUUGUGCGGAAACUUGGGUGGGGCCACUUCUCGACGGUGUGGCUCGCGUACGACUCGAAGCACCACCGCCACGUCGCGAUCAAGAUCGUGCGGUCGUCCAAGAACUACCGCGAGGCAGCCCUCGACGAGAUCAAGAUCCUGGAGAAGAUCGCGGGUGGCCCGGAGUACCACCCCGGCAAGAAACACAUUGUGCGCAUGCUCGACCACUUCGUCCACACAGGCCCCAACGGCGAGCACAUAUGCAUGAUUUUCGAGGUUCUUGGCGAAAAUAUGCUCAGCCUGCUGCUGCGCUACAAGCAGUUCCAGAAGGAGAAAACCGAGGAGUACAGGAAGACCUCCAUUUCGUACGACGAGAACAUGUCGUCCGCGUCCGUGGAGCAGCACAUCCACACCAUCAACGACCUCACCAUCCUGAAGGAGAGCUACGGCGGGCUGCCGCUGACGCUGGUGAAGCAGAUCGCCAAACAGCUGCUGCUGGCCCUGGACUACCUGCACCGCGAGUGCGGCAUCAUCCACACCGACAUCAAGCCGGAAAACGUGCUGGUGGAGAUCAACGACGUGGAGAAACUCGUGCAGAUCCUGGAAAAGGACCGCAAGGACAGGCGACUGUCGCGGCUGAUGACGUCGCGCAGCCACCAGAACUCGGACGUCGGCAAGGCCGACCGCUCGCGCUCGGUGUCGCACCGUCCCAAGCCGAUCCGCUCGUCCAAGCCGCUCACGUCGCCGAUCGAGACGCGCGGCUCGGUCGACAACUUCUUCCGUUCCUUCUCUUUCAGCCAGCGCAGAACAGGCUCCCACGAUUCGCUCCCCCACAUAAAGAGCGAGUCUACCUCCACGCUAAACUCGGCCCCCGUGGUGCCACCGCCCGCGGCCAGCCCGGCCCAGGCGAUCCCCGAAGAGGAGGAAUCGUCCGAGGAAAACGAAGAGUUUGUCGACGCCGCGGAGCUGCCCGUGCCUUUCCCGGAACCGGCCGCGUCGACCCCACGGCGUGCAACGUCGCUCAAUAAUGAAUCGCACCAGCCCUUGUCGCGACGCGAGUCCGUUCUGUCCACGGUGUCGCGACAGUCCUCGACCGCCACCACGUCCGUCGACUUCGACUCCAUCAUCUCGGUCAAAAUCGCCGACCUGGGGAACGCGUGCUGGACCAAUUUGCAUUACACCAACGACAUCCAGACACGCCAGUACAGAGCUCCCGAAAUUAUCUUGGGGGGCAAGUGGGGGUGCUCGACGGACCUGUGGUCGCUGGGGUGUUUGAUCUUCGAGCUCAUCACCGGCGACUAUCUGUUUGACCCAAAGACAGGAAGCACAUACAACAAGAACGACGACCAUCUGGCGCAAAUUAUCGAGUUAUUACAGAUCUGGCCGUCCAAGGACUACUUAAAGAAGUGCAAGUACUCUCGCGAGUUUUUCGACAAGUCCUUCCAAUCGCUCAAAAACAUCUCAAAGCUCAAGAUUUGGACACUUCAUGCUGUGCUCGUGGAGAAAUACCACAUCGAAGAACCUCUCGCUUACGACAUAUCCAAGUUUCUACUGGCGAUGCUUGAGUUCGAGCCCAAGCGGCGCAUAGACGCGGGGUCCCUAAGCAAUCACCCCUGGCUCGCGGACUGCUUGGCAGAGGAGCACGUGGACCGCGAGUUUGGGCUGCGGGGACAGGACAUCAAGGGAUGGGCCAGUGAAUGGAGCGAGUAG